GUGUUUGAUUGAAUCGGAAGGACAUUGUUGGUUACAGAUUAACUAAAAAGCAAGGGCAACUUUCAUGUCUGAAUUCGACAUAAAAAUCCCAACUGGUUUUGAUCCUUUUGCUGAUGCAAAUGCUGAGGAUUCAGGUGCUGGGGCAAAAGAGUAUGUUCAUGUGCGCAUACAGCAGCGUAAUGGAAGGAAAAGCCUAACGACUGUUCAAGGAUUGAAGAAAGAGUACAGCUAUAGCAAGAUACUCAAGGACCUCAAGAAAGAGUUUUGCUGUAAUGGUACUGUCGUCCAGGACCCUGAGUUGGGACAGGUCAUACAACUUCAGGGAGAUCAAAGGAAGAAUGUUUCCACUUUCCUUGUGCAGGCUGGCAUUGUGAAGAAGGAGCAUAUCAAGAUUCAUGGUUUCUAAGGCCUAAGCAGCCGUGGAUAAUUCAGUUGGAUGUUCCAUAGGUAGCGUUGGGCUAUAAUUAAUUAGCCGUAGUACAUAUAUAUGUGGUUUGAGCUCAAGCAGCAGCCAAUUACCAUUAAGUUUUUGUUUUAUGUAAUUUGUGUUUUACUUAUCUACGUGGCAUGGGUUUUAUGUAUUGUGGCAAGACAGUCACCUGGAAUAAAUUAGCCAUUUUCCCUUCA